AUGUCACAUAUGUAUCAUGUUGAAUGCCUCAAGUGUCGGUGUUGUAACAAAAGACUCAAAACUGGGGACUCAUUCUCCUAUGCUGAUAAAUCCACACUUUACUGCAUGGACUAUUUUCACAAAAAUACAUGUUUGGUAAUCGAGUUAUUUUUAGUAAAAACUGAAAACACUGGGGAAUCGGAAGGCAUCUCAAAGUCCCCUAAUUCUUGUUCGGAAGCGAAUGGGAGUCCUGAAGAGCCUAGAUCCAUUAGUGAGGAAGUUCAGGCCAAUCAUGAAGCCAAUAAAAACCUUCAAAAAUCCAAACAACGAGGACGAAGGACAUCGAUCAAACCACACCAAAUUGGGCUACUUACAGAAUUGUACGAAAGUGAAAGAAAGCCAUCACGUCAUAUAUUGGAAGAAAUGAGUAAAUUGACUGGACUAACAAUUCGCGUCAUCCAAGUCAGGAUGGAGGUCUCUAGUGUUAGGUCUGGUUUCAAAACAGAAGGUCCAAGGAACGGAAAAACAACCCGAGCAACUCGAGCCUCCUACCCCUUAAUCAACCUCCUGAUAACACAGAAGUUGGAAUCUACCAACAUCAGUUUAAUCAAAGGCCACAAAUCCUCCAGAAUAACACACCUGGAAAUAUUUCCUAAACUUCAAAACAGUGAUUCCGGAAUACGCUUCUUCCAGGAGAUCCAAAAUACAAAAUAUUCUUCUUUCCAGGAGUUUUUUGGAGAUUAA